GCACAUUAGAAGAAUGUGUUUUGUUCUUGUUCUGUGGAUGAUGAUUGACAAGUGUGACUGCGUUUCAAAAAUAGAGCGAACUCUUGAAAAGCCAAGCAUAAAGCCCCUUUACCUGAACACCAGAACCAGGGAAACUACAGUGUUUGUAUACGGACGAUUUCAGUGCCCUGAAGAUACAAUUGCAGAUAUUGAUUAUGGGACCAUUUUGAAAUUUCAGAAAGUGUCGGACUCAAAGAAAAAUUCCACAGACUUCGAAUUGGUUUUGUUCCAUGACGCAAAAAUAUAUUUUCCCAAACUUACACUCCGCUCAAAAUCAACAUCGGAAUCACUGGACAUUUAUUUGAACGAUAUAAAGGACGAGAGCGUACAGAAUGAGCGUUUCGGAACAAAGUGCAAAAUCGGAAUUAGCAGUUCUUCUGAUAAUAAAACUUCAACGUUCACGUCUAUUGUUCAGAAUUGCGAGGAAUACGCCAUGUCCGAUUAUUUUAUCAUUGGAAUUAAUAAAUCUAGUGAGAUUUUGAGAUUUGAUUCAGACAUUUUCUGUUUUAAUUCAAAUGAAGAAAAUAUCAAAUAUUUUACAUCUAGGUGUUCAAAGAAUAUAUCCAGCGAACCCCAAUACGUAACAUUUCGUAAAGACAAAAUGGCAGCUGAUAAAGUUGACCUACUUUAUCUAAUUUACAUAUUCCAACCUGUUGGAUCUAAUUGUGUUCACCCAUGUAUAGCAGAUAAAGAACGAUGGUUUUUCACAAUCAUUUAGAUUUACUAAGAAAAAUAUAUUUGAAAAUAAAGUAUGAAGGUUGAACAGCAUCACGUCUCUUUUUUAAUGAAUUCUGAAGAAGACAACCAAUUGUG